AACAAUAAGUUAUGGACUCUGAGUGGAUUCUGAGGAUGGAUAAAGUUGACGAGACCAACAAGGGAAACCUGUUUGUGUAAACAAACAAGUACAAGAGUAAUUAGGGUAGAGGAGUAGAGCAAAGUAGCCUAUAUGACAAAAGAUGCCAAGUUCUAUGCAACGCACAUCCAGAAUAUCUUAAUUUUUAUUGCAAGUGUGUGCAGAUAAAAAUGUGUUGUGCAAAACGUCCGAGUGUUGCUCUCGCUUUUGCGCUCCGGCUCGGGGGGAGCUGUUACCUCUCUGCCCGUCACUGGUGUGGUUUUCACCCCUGCCUUGCGUGGUUUUAAAUAGCACAGCAUUGUUCUACAGUCGACGUUUAUUAUGCCUUUCGGUGCGCGGCGAUGCGAGCAGGGCUGCCGACGUGGGUCAGCUAGUUUUCAAUUCGAGACAAAUCUGCGCACCCAUCUACUGUACAUGAAUGUAUAACAGUUUUAUUACCCUGUAAAUAGUCUGUAGGGUUUGCAAACUGCCCCAAUGCUCUUGAUGUACUGUAGCUAAUUUUAGGUUUGUAAUGGAGUGAUAUAGAUUUGCCGUAAGAUUUCUUGCAGGAAACCCCGUAUGACUGUAUUUACGCAGUUUAAUACCUGUAUUAAUACCUAUGGGGCUUUCCUUUAGGCGUGCCACACUUCUGCUAAGUGACUCAGAGCAAGCCGCAGACAGGCAGUAAAUGGCAGAGACACGCACCGCUGGCCGCAGCUGUUCCCACUACACUUUUCUUUCCUUUUAACCGUUUAAUUAAAUAAUUCUCUCCUUGAAACGUGUCGUCCGCACGGGAGAACAUUUGCUCGAUUCAUUGCGAUUGCUCACUGCUUUUGACAAAUCUAUACCAUAUGCUAUCUUGGGUGAGGGAAAUAGACGAUCGUAUAAAGCGGUCGGCAAGUUUCGGCCGAUUCGACGCGCUUCGGUUUUCGAGCCCCGCCAGGCUCGAAGAGUUCAGGACCGAUCGCCGCCUGGACGGCCAUUCGGUGCCCAAGGGGGAGCAGGACAAGGCAAGUACCCUGGGGAAGAAGAUGCGAGCCAUCUCCAUGACCGUACGCAAGCGGAUGGGCAAGAGCUACAUCAAAGCUCUCUCGGAGGAAACGGUCGAGGACACGGGACAGGGGCAUGAGGGCCAGGCCGAGGGUAAUGUCCAGUGCCUGAGGAGGGGCAACAACUCACUGGAGACCCUCUACAGCCUCAGCUGCAACUCGAGCUCCUCCAGCGGAGUCGGAAGCAGAUCCAAGAACCGGCACAGUCUGUGGCUGGACGUGGAGCUGCCGUACACCGGGCCGUUCUGCGGCCGGGCCCGGGUCCACACGGACUUCGUCCCAAGCCCCUACGACACAGACUCCCUCAGACUCAAGGUGGGUGACGUGAUCGACGUCAUCAGCAAGACCCCCGUGGGUAUUUGGACGGGCAUCCUCCAUGACAAGGUGGGGACCUUCAAGUUCAUCUACGUUGACCUCCUGGAGGAGGUGCGUCGGGAGAAUGUCCGGCCGUACCGGCGGAGAAAGCUGCCCAUGCUGGCCACCCUGCAGGAGUUCCUUGAGAAGCUCCACUUGGAGGAGCACGCCUCCACCCUGCUUCUUAAUGGCUACCAGACCGUGGAGGACCUGCGUGAGCUGACGGAGCAGCACCUGUGCGAGCUGAACAUGACCGAUCCGGAGCAGCGGCGCCUCUUGCUGGCUACUGCGCACAGCCUCUCCGACGCGGAAGAUGCUGAAGAUGAAGGUGCGGGCGACCCGGAGAAAGGGGCCGGCGCCGGUUCUCCCCGUGACUCCGGCUGCUACGUCGCGCCGGGGUGCUCUGAAAAAGCAGCAGACACUACCCCGACGGCACCCCCCUGUCAGGACGCGGUCGUAGUACAGACCUGAAUCUCCCCCGUCCCGCCUCAGCACUUGGAAUGACCCACUCACUGAAAGUCUGGGCAGUCUCCCAGGCCAUAGGGGUGCGGUAAACAAAGACCGUAUGACUGACCUGUGGGGUUUCUGGCUGAUGAAUCAGAUCUGACUGAUACUUGUUGCAGUAAGAGUUGCGUAGGCGGGGGGGGUUUAGGGAGUCCUCUGCACAUGUAUUCUGUUCUUCCUCUAUAACUUGUUUCCUAUUGUGACUUUAAAUCACUCUACAGUUUGUUGAUGCCCCUACUAAAAGAAGUGCUUUAAGAAUAGGUCACGCUAGUUAUGUGCAUUUGGGGACGUCUGAUCCAUCUGUCCGCCCCCCAACUCACCUGGCUCACGCGAAGGUCGCCGUCACAGCACACUGACGCCGUUCCCAUAAGCCAACGGACCUCCGGUCCCAACCCACAUCUGUGGGAUCCGCUGUUGUAGAUUCAUCUUCCAGAGUUACGUACUUCCUGGAUAACUGACACAAGCAGCCUGAUAGGGCACAGCCCAUCUGCUCUGUUUCACCUGCCUGAAGCAGACUCCCUUUAGGAGGCACUCUGCCGCCAUCUGCUGGUGGGACUCUGCAUCAGCCUGGACAGGCUCAUUCAGAACACGCAUUACAUCAUCACAGAGUGGUACUCAGAUGGACACCUUAAACCACCGGAUUUCAUGUCACAUUUAAUAAAAUUUGCAAUAAAUACAGCACCUCUUAAAAACCCAAAAAAGCACGCCGUUAUUCAGGAGUUCAUGCUGGGAAAAUGUGUAUAAAAACAGGACAAAAGUCGUUCUCACAAUUUUCGCAUUGAAAUGGGAAGUGUACAGAAUAAAGUUUACACAGAAUGGCA